AUGGUUUUCAGUCCACAAACAUCGUUUUCCUUGGAAGGAACUGAUAUCCGCAUUCCAUCCUGUGAUCUAGGCACAUUUCAACCAGAUCCCAGCCUUAACCCCGAUACCUCCGUCAAGGAUUCCGUUCUACAAGCACUAAAGACAGGCUAUCGACAUAUUGACGCUGCACUCGCUUAUGGAUGGGGAUCUGUCGAAAGGGACAUUGGAGAUGCUAUUCGAGAAAGUGAAAUUCCCCGUGAGGAGCUGUUUGUGGUAACUAAGCUGUACGUGCUCCUUUAAUACAAGCUAGCGAAUUUCUGCAAUCCCCUACAACUAAAUUUCCCAUUGCCCACUUGCUAGUCACAAUUGCUUCCAUGCUCCCGAGGACGUCAGUGUAGGCAUGGAGAUGAGUCUGAAGAACCUGGGACUUGGCUACGUUAAGUCAGACCCUUCUAUUGUAUGUUCCACCGUAAUUGACGAAGUUUACUUUCUAGUGGACUUGUAUUUAAUGCACUGUAAGUUCUGUCAAUUGAUCCUUUUACUUUGUCUGAAUAAAAUAUUUGAAACAGUUCCGUAUGCAUACGUCAGAACAGAGACCUACGGAACACAAAGGCGUCCUGAUGGCAAGGCAAGUGACCCACUAGCACCCGUCUAGAGCCCACUUGAUUGACGCUUCAAAAACUGAUGUGUUGCAGCCACUUAUUGAUAUUCCCCUAUCCAAAGCAUUCGACGAAACUUGGGCGGCCAUGGAGAAAUUGGUGCUCAACGGGAAGACACGAUUGAUCGGUAUGUGGAAAUCAAUUUGUUGCAUACCUCAUCUAAUGAGAAUGCGUAUAGGCGUUUCCAACUUCUCCAGUCCAAAGUUGGCAAGAUUGUUGAAAACUGCCAAAUUCCACCCGGUUGCCAACCAAGUCGAAUUACACCUAUACUUCCCCCAACAGCCUCUAUAGGACUUUUGCAAAGAGAAUAAGAUUCACCUCAUAGUGCACAGUCCUUUAGGUGGUGUGCCAAUCCCAGUACUCGUAGGAAGAAAAAGCCCUGGUCGUUUAGAGGAUCCUCUCGUAAGUUAUCCCUGAUAGACAAAUCGACGAAAAACCGGUCAAACCGGCCACUAAAAGAAUCACAGGUAAAGGAGCUAGCGAAAAAAUAUGGUAAAACUCCUGCUCGGAUUAUUCUUUGCUACACCAUAUGCCGUGGCAUAUCAGUUUUGCCAAAAAGCAAUAAUAUCUCGCGGAUUUCCGAGAAUUAUCAAGUCUUUUUGAUUUGGACGAUGAAGAUUUUUGAAAGAUAG